GCCAAGCCAAUCAGCCCGCGCCUCGCGACCGCGCGAACUCCACCGCCAUCCCUGACUUGGCUGGGUCUGUGGUCCUGUGAGCGAUGCUAGCAGCGACUGGCCAGAGCUUACCGAAAACGACUCCGUCACAGCGUGCACAAUUGGACAACGAUGAGCCCGAAAGGACAUGCUGCUGCGGUGCAUCCACCUCAAGAAUGUCGAUUCCCCUUCCACCAGACGCCCAAUUCCCCCAACUCGACACGGCAUUGCCUCUACCGCCCCCUUCCACCCCCCAACAAGUCUUCGACGACGAGUCUCGCCCCAGCUCCCGGCCCCCUAUCUCGAAACCACCAGAUUCACCAUCGGCACACGCGACCCGGACCCCUGGCCGGCUCCACGCCCAGCAGCCCGUUCCACAUAGCCACAGCUACGGCUCCAGCGAGGGCGAGGGGCCGGAUGCCGAGGAGAUCGAGAUGGAGCCCCUUCACCCCGUCGGCCACCGCCGCCGUCGGAGCAGUCUUAUAACAGCUGGCAGUGCCUCGAGCAGCAGCCGCCGCUCCCCGCGCCCGAGGGCCCACUCUAUCCGCAACCAAAUCGUUGACGGCCCCGACAGCCCAAAGAUACUCGAGGAAACCGGCGAGGAGAGCUUGGUUGCUGUGCGGCCCGACAGCCCUGGCGAUGGCCAUGGCAGUGACCUGUCUGAAGAGGACCUCCACGAUGACGAGGAGACGGGCUUGACGCGCAAAGACCGGCAGCGGAAGAGACGGAGGAGGAGCCGAAACAGGUUGCUCGACCAGAGGAUAGUCCGAGAAAAGGCGUUGCCCCAGGACAAGAAAGAGGCAGACCGCAGUGUCAUGAAGAAACUGCUGGUGAAUGCCUCGCUCAUUGGCCUCUGGUACUUUUUUUCUCUGUGCAUAUCUCUUUAUAACAAAUGGAUGUUUGACCCUAAAAAGCUCAAUUUCCCGUUUCCCUUGUUCACCACGUCGAUGCACAUGCUCGUGCAAUUUUCCCUGGCGUCAUUAGUGCUCCUUUUCGUUCCCUCGCUGCGGCCACAGAACAGCCACAGGUCGGACAGGGGCCAGUCGAGGCAUGAAUUGGAGCCCGAGAAGCCGCCCAUGACCAAGAUGUUCUACCUGACGAGGAUUGGCCCAUGUGGUGUGGCCACGGGCCUCGAUAUUGGCCUCGGAAAUACUUCCCUCCAGUUCAUUACUCUUACAUUUUACACCAUGUGCAAGUCGUCUUCGCUGGCGUUUGUGCUCAUUUUCGCCUUCAUUUUCCAUCUUGAGGUGCCCACGUGGCGGCUCGUGACUGUUAUUGCGACCAUGACUCUCGGAGUCAUCAUGAUGGUGGCCGGCGAGGUCCAGUUUGACCUGGGCGGGUUUUUCCUAGUCAUCUCUGCCGCGUUUUUCUCUGGCUUCCGGUGGGGUCUCACCCAGAUUCUGCUCCUCCGCAAUUCCGCAACGUCGAACCCCUUUUCUAGCAUCUUCUUCCUCGCGCCCGUCAUGUUCCUGACGCUCAUCGCCAUCGCUAUCCCGGUCGAGGGCGUCUCGAAGCUGAUCGAUGGCCUCGGAACAAUCGCCUCGGAACAGGGCGCUCUCAUGGCCCCCCUGAUCAUCCUCUUUCCCGGCAUGAUUGCCUUCUUUAUGACUGCCUCCGAGUUCGCUCUGCUGCAGCGCACCUCGGUCGUCACGUUGUCCAUCGCCGGCAUCUUCAAGGAGGCCGUGACCAUCUCGGCCGCCGCCUUGGUGUUCGGCGACACCAUGACCCCUAUUAACAUCGUCGGCCUGUUCGUCACGAUCGGGGCUAUUGGUGCCUAUAACUAUAUCAAGAUUAGCAAGAUGCGCCAGGAGGCCCAGGAGAGCAAAUUGCGCAGCCUCGAGCUGGACGAGGAUACCACCGACCCACAGACCCAUGGCAACUCCUCAUCUCCCAGCAGCAGCGAUGCGGAUGCAGAUGUAGAUGGCGAUGACGGAGAGGAGACGGGCCUCCUACGCCGCAACAACACCGAACUCAGCGAAGUGCUCUUCAGCGCCGACGGCGGCGAUGUGAUCAUCACGCCCGAACCAUCACCGUAGCUCACGGAGGCGCAGCAGAGGGCUGCUACUAUGGAAGACUAGAGCCGGUUGAGCCGCCUCGUCUUGAGGUAUUAAAACGUCGAAGGGGAUGACUUGGGACCUAAUGUCGCCGUAUAUACUCGCACAAAUCUGCGUGCCUAUUUCCUUUUUCUGGGUUGUCUGUUUAGACGAGCGGGCCACAUCAUCUUGUGUUUCUUAUGUCCUACAUAUUCGGGGCGGGGGCUUAUUUCCUUACACCAUACAACCGUGAUACCCACACUCGUGUACAGAUAUCAAUUUUUCCAGGUCAAAAUCUUUACUCUGGUAUUGCAUUUGGAAGGGAGAAAAUAGAGUGGGACGGAGAUGAAAGAGGCUGCUGAAUCGUAAAAUAAGCUGGAUUUGUCUUUCUCUUUCUCUUUCUUUUUCCUUUGGAGCUCAUACUCUUUUCUUCAUUACAUUUAUCACUGCAUUAUUUGUUUCCUUUUGGAUACUUCGGGGUG